ACAAUAUAGGACAGUCUUUAAUGGAUACAAAUACAGCAAGUAUGAAUCAGAAAGAAAUCAAAGAUCCAAGUGGAAAAGUGGUGCUGCGAGCAGUGGAAUACGAUGGAAUACUAUUUCCAAUCGAAUUUGCCGGUAAUUUGGAGGAGAAAUUUCGGCAACUGAACAGCAUGUCAUUUAGAGAUAAUGAUGUAUGUGUUAUAUCAUUUCCAAAAUCUGGGACGCACUGGUGUUAUGAGAUAGUGGCUAUGCUGAGAAACAAUACCUCUGACUUUCAAACUGUUGUUCCUCCUUUGCUUGAGUUGUUUCCAGUCGAAAAACUUCAGCAGGUGCCCGAUGGUGUAUACGUGUCACACUUUUUACCACGUCACAUGCCAAAGGAUUUCCUACAACGACGAUGUAAAAUCAUCAAUAUCUACAGGAAUCCCAAAGAUGUCAUUGUUUCAAUGUUUAAUUUCUUAAAAAAAACAAAAAUGGGAGAAUUGCUGAAGGACGUGGAAUUUGAUGUGUUCUUCGAUUUAUUUAUGACAGGACAAUUGCCGUCUGCUGGGGGCUCUUGGGUAAACUUUGUAAAAGAAUGGACAGAUUUUACAGACAAAAACCCGUCCUACCCAUUCCUGAACAUAUGUUACGAGGACAUGAAGAAGGACCUGAAAGGCCAUGUCAGAAAAAUAUCCAAAUUUCUUGAACUUCAAUCCAGUGAAGAACUUAUUUGCGAAAUUGCUACAAAAUGCGAGUUCAAGACAAUGUCUGAAUUUAAGAACAGCCAUGUCCCCGAAUUUAUGAGCAGAUUGACCGAUGUAAAGGAUAAACAUAUCAUGUAUAGGAAAGGUGAAGUGGGGGAUUGGAAGAAUUGGUUAAAGGUUGCUCAGAGUGAGGUCAUAGAUUCAGUCGUGAAGGCAGCUAAUAUUCCUCUGGACAUAAAAUACACCUGAUACAAGCCUGAAGGGUCUGCGUACGAUUACCCAAACAACUUGCAGUCUCAUAGAAUAAAUUUGAAAAAUAUUAUAUGCACGAAUAAAGAAUACAUAUUACAUGAGUUUAUUCUGUAUCGAAGAAUUGCAGUGUAAUUUAUUUUAUCAUUGCGCCCUGUAAUUCUAAUUUUCAGACCUACUUGUAUUUUCUGUAUUUAGAUGAAUAAGACUUCUUAACAAAAAUAUAUAUGCAAGAAGACGAAAACGCUGGCUAGACAUUUUAAUAUGUCGACAAAGUAUUGAACAUUUGCUAAAUUCUUGCCUAUAUUUUCUCGAUUUUAAUCCAAGUAAACCGGUAAUAAGGGAUACCCAGAGUCUCAUAAAUAUAUUUCAUAUACUUUGAUUAAAAAAUCCCGCUAUCGAAUGCAUAUGGUGUUAAGAUCUCCCAUCCCAUUCGACGCUUAAUAUCUUGCCUGC